AUGAACUAUAAAGGAUAUUUACAUCAUGAUCUAAAGCCAGCGAAGCCUGCAGUUGCUCAAAGUUUCAGGUACGACAAGGAACUGGAUCCAACUCAUCGGAGUAACAUUCGUAAAGGUGUUGCAUUUGGUGCUUAUAAAGGUUGGAUGUCUUUCGUCACCUACUUAGUUUAUGCGGUUGGUUUCCUUUUUGGUGCCAUUCUCAUGUCAUCUGAGGGUCGUCCUGCUGUGAGCAUAAAUCACAUUCUUGUCAUUGUUACACUCUUUGCACAGUGCGUUCAGUUCUUAGCCUUUGUUGGUCCACUCACUCAGUCAUUUUCAGAAGGGCGAGCUGCAGCACCACCUGUACUUCAAUUGAUUAAACAAGAACAGAAUAAAAGUGUCAAUGAGCACGAUGUAUUGAGAGAAGAAAAAUCGGAAGGCGAAUCAUUUAUGGAUCUUAUCGGUGAUAUAGAAUUUCACAACGUCAGUUUAGUAUAUCCAUCUCGAAAGGAUGCAACAGUUUUGGAUGACCUCAAAAUUAUAUUUCGUCCUAAUCAAACGACUGCGCUAGUUGGCUUGAGUGGUUCUGGAAAAAGUACGUGUAUCUCUCUUCUCCUUCGUCUAUAUGAGCCUUCAUCUGGUAAAAUAACUAUCAAUAAACGACCACUUCCAGAUUAUGAUAUCAGAAGAUUGCGACAAAGCAUUGGUGUUGUUGCCCAGGAGCCUAUUUUGUUUAGUAUGACUAUUUAUGAGAAUAUUCGUUUGGGUAAGCUCAAUGCAACCUGUCAAGAGAUUGAAGCAGCAGCUAAGGAAGCCAAUGCACAUAAUUUCAUUAUGAAAUUACCCGAUAAAUACGGAACGGUAGUUGGCGAACAUGGUAUACAAUUAAGUGGAGGUGAAAAACAACGUAUUGCUUUAGCUCGUGCGCUAGUGAAACAGCCUCGCAUUUUAUUGUUGGAUGAAGCAACAAGUGCUCUUGAUAAUACUAGUGAAAAAAUCGUCCAAGAAGCACUUGACCGAGCAUCGAGAAAUCGUACUACUAUUGUCAUUGCUCAUCGUCUGAGUACAAUUCAAAAUGCUGAUCAUAUCUAUGUACUUGACAAAGGUAGUGUCAUCGAAGAAGGCACUCAUGAAACUUUGAUGAGCAAAGAAGAUGGAAGAUACAAAACAAUGUUGAAAACUCAAGAAAUGACGAGAAUAACUGAUCAAGAUCAAGAUGAUUUGAUGAAUAUAGGUACAGCGAUAGCUACAGAUGGAAAACAACUGUCACAGCGAGCUGAUGCAUCGAAGAUAGACAUAGGCUCCGUUGCAGAUCAAAGAGAGAUCAGAUCAAACGAACGAAAAAAUAUAUUUGGAAGACUUUUAGCAAUGAAUAAACCUGAAUGCGUUGCUAUCGUAGUUGGUUGUCUUUUGUGUGCGUUCGGUGGUUUUGCUCAGCCAAGAGUUGCUUUACUAUUAACUAAAAUCAUCAAUACAUUUAAUAAUUGUGAAUAUGGAGAUGUUCGAUUUCAAGUGUUUGUGGCUUGUUUAUUUUUUCUACUUUUGGGUGUGAUACUCAUGUUGCUGGUUUUUUUUCAAUUUGUGUGUUUUACCAUAACUGGAUCGAAAUUAGUCCGACGUAUUCGUUCGCAAGCAUUUGCAUGUCUGCUUCGUCAAGAAGUAGCUUACUUUGAUCGAUCAGAAAAUAGUUCGGGUGCUAUAUAUGCUCGUCUAGCUUCCAAUGCAACAGCUCUGCAAGAUAUGAUUGGAACUCGAUUGGGUGCCAUCUGCGAAGCUUUGGCUUUGUCUGGUUUUGGUCUCCUCUUUGGUUUUACUUUCAGUUGGCAAUUAACUCUGAUUUCUGUACUCUUAUUUAGUAUUCAACUUACUGUUAGUGGCAUCUGUAUACACCUAAGUGCACAGUUAAAAGAAAAAUGCGAUCAAUAUAGUAGUCGAGCAAAUUCACUUGUUGUGGAAGUGAUUCACAAUAUACGCACCAUCAAACAAUUAUCAAUUGAAACUGAAGUUUUACGGCGGUUUAACGAUUUGGUAAUAGCAGUUCUCUAUUGGUGUACUGUUGUCCUUGUUGAAAAUCACGAACUACCUUUGAACAAGAUCGUAACCGUUUUUGCUUUUGUAACGUUUACAUUACGCUCGAUUAUGAUAAUUAGCAUGCUGUCAGGUCGUAUUGGACAAUCGAUUUCUGCUGCACAAAUCUUUUUUAAUUUAUUUGAUCGAAUACCAUCUAUUGAUAAUGCGUCUACCCAAGGACAGGAAUUAAGUAAUUUUCGCGGAGAUGUAAACUUCGAUCACGUGAAAUUUGUUUAUCCCACCAGACCAGCAUCUACUAUUCUUAACAACUUCCAGUUGAAUAUCAAGUCUGGUCAAAGUAUCGCUCUAAUUGGAACAUCGGGAUGUGGAAAAUCAACUGUUAUUCAGCUGUUGGAACGAUUCUACGACACUACACAAGGACAACUACUUCUGGAUGGAGUUGAUAUUCGUCAAUUGAAUAUACAGUGGCUUCGCUCUCGUCUUGGUCUUGUUAGUCAAGAAUCUGUUUUAUUUGACAUGACUAUAGCAGAGAAUAUCACAUAUGGAUUAGAAAAUAUUCCCAUGGAAGAUGUCAUCAACGCUGCAAACAAAGCAAACAUUCAUGAAUUUAUUUUACAGCUACCACAGGGCUAUGAGACAAGAGUUGGUGUUAAAGGUAGCAUGAUGUCUGGCGGACAAAAACAACGUAUUGCCAUUGCAAGAGUACUUGUUCGUCGACCCAAAAUCUUGUUACUAGAUGAAGCAACAAGUGCCAUGGAUCCGCUUAAUGAAGAAAUUGUUCAAGAAGCACUUAAUAACACUCAGAAAGAAGAUUCAAACCGAACAUCGAUUAUCAUUGCACAUCGCUUGUCGACUAUUCGUUCAUGCGAUGCAAUCUAUGUACUUGAUCAGGGUCAUAUUGUCGAAGUUGGUAAUCAUAAUGAAUUGAUGCAACGACGUGGAAUCUACUAUAAAAUGCUUCUGGCACAAAAUAAUCGACCAAAACUAUGA